AUGUUAUAUCGGCAGUUUUCAAUGAAGAGAUUGAGGGCAAGUCACAAGCAGCCAAGACUGGUUGGUGGAGUGGAUGAAUGUUCUGGAAGGUUGGAGAUACAGAAAGGAAUGACUUGGGGGACUGUGUGUGACUCACAUUGGGAUUCACUGGAUGCCCGCAUAGCUUGCGAAUCAUUGAAAUGUGGGGAAGUGAUAUCAGUACUCAGUGGGACUCAGUUUGGAGAGGGCAGUGGUCCCAUAUGGCAGGAUGUCUACGAAUGUCAGGGUAAUGAGACACUUAUCUGGGACUGCCCCAUCACAUCAAGCAAUCAAAAGAAUUGCACACACAGCCAUGAUGUCAGUAUCAUUUGUUCCGGUCAGAAGGGACCACGAUUAGUUGGUGGUGAUAAUACCUGUUCAGGAAGAGUGGAAAUACUGAUGGGUGACACCUGGGGCACAGUUUGUGACACCCACUGGGAUUUACAGAAUGCAAAUGUUGUCUGCAAUCAACUUGGUUGUGGGACUGCAAUAUCAAGUCCUGGUGGCGCAUUCUUUGGAGAAGGAGAUGGUUUGAUAUGGAUGGAUAUCAUUGAAUGUAGUGGCAAUGAAAUGCGCUUGACAGACUGCCCCAUUGCAUCCUGGGGACACCAUCGGUGCACACACAAAAAUGAUGCUGGUGUCAUCUGCUCAGAUCAUUUUCAGAUAAGAUUGGUGAAUGGUGGAAGUCGCUGUGCUGGAAGAGUGGAGCUUUACUACAAUGGAAGCUGGGGAACUGUAUGUGAUGAUUCCUGGGAUUUAGCAGACGCCCAAGUUGUCUGUAACCAGCUGAAGUGUGGGCAGGCUUUAAACGCAACAGUUUCCAGUUGGUUUGGUCCAGGACUGGGGCCUAUUUGGUUAGACAAUGUGAACUGCAACGUGAAUGAUUCUGUCUUGUGGAACUGUCUGGCGGGGCCGUGGAGUGAGAGCGACUGCAAGCAUAAAGAAGAUGCUGGAGUUAUCUGCUCGGAGCACAGGGCUGUGAGACUGCAGGAUGGUCCGACCCUCUGUCAGGGCAGAGUCGAGGUUUUCCAUAAUGGGACCUGGGGGACAGUUUGUGCUGAUUCCUUCAGAAUGGAGGAAGCGGAAGUUGUUUGUAAACAGCUCAGCUGUGGUUCUGCCCAAUCUGUGGAAAGUGCUAUUACAUUUGGAAGCGGUUCUGGACAGAUCUGGCUCGAUGAUGUGAACUGUCGUUUGCAUGAUACACUCCUGUGGCAAUGUCCAUCUUCACCAUGGGGCCAACACAAUUGUAACCACCAGGAAGAUGUCGGAGUCAUUUGUUCAGAACGAAGUCCAAUGAAACGAGACAUUGAGGGGGAUACGAAGAAAAGUGAAAUGCGACCUGUCCCAGAACAUUUUGAAUUACGGCUAGUUGCAGGAUUUGAUAAUUGUUCUGGAAGAGUUGAAAUAUUCUUCAACAGUACAUGGGGAACAGUUUGUGAUGAUUCCUGGGAUGAGCAGGAUGCUGCUGUUGUCUGUAGGGAAUUAAAUUGUGGCCACCCAGUGUGGACUUUGGGAGGAAUGAUAUUCAACCAAGGAAAUGGCACAAUUUGGAUGGACGAGGUUAAAUGCAAAGGAAAUGAAUUAUUCCUGUGGGACUGCCAAUUGCCAACUAUGGGCGAUCACGACUGUGAUCAUAAAGAGGAUGUCAAUGUGAUAUGUUUUGGCCCGCAGAAAUUCACAGCACCCUUCAAGCAGGAAAGAACCCCUAUUUUCAUCAUCCCCUGUGUUUUUGUUAUCCUUUUGAUUGCUGUGUCAUUUGCUUUGGCUGCAGAAUUACAGAGAAGCUUCCAGAAAGCCAACAGAAACCGACAGUAUGCUACCAGCAGAGAUUCUGACCCUGUUUAUGAAGAGAUUAAAGUUCAGGACAUUGGUGCAGGUCCAGAUUUGUUUCCUCCAUCUGAUGCCAAAUUUGAAAGAGAAUAUGAUGAAAUUCAAUAAUUUGAGAUGGAGUUGUGAGGACUAUCACCUAAGCAAAAAUGUAAUUGAGGCAAAGGCUUACAACAAAGUAUACUCCAUUUGUUAGUUACAUUUUGAUAAUGAUUUGGCACAAAUUUUCAUGUUGAAAAUCACAAGUUAUAUCCAACCAAUUUAGCAAUCGUUACAGAUGAAAAAGCUCCAAGGAAGGUUUGAUGAAAAAAUUAGUAAUUAAUUUACAAUGUGGAGAAUGGUAAAUCAGAACAAUUUAUAGAUUCAGAACUAAAUUUAAAUCCAAUCUAGAUUUAAUAUGAUUUGACUUCAUUGUAGUACAAAUUCUAUAUGUUAGAAUUUAUAAACGUUGAUAAUUUGCUUUGGAAAACUUUAGUCAUGAACACCUUCUUGUAUCAUAUUGUGCACGUGAAUUACUAACUAUCUAAUGUUAUUGUAAUGACAAUUGAAACUGUUGUAAAGUAGUUUAAUGAAACAAUAAGUGAGGCUGUUAUCCUCUAUUCUAAGCAUACAAAAUCUAAUUCAGUUGCACAUUGCAGGGUAGAUUUUUCAUUUGCAAAUAUGUAUAUAUGGGAAUUGUUGUUUUCUCAAAACUGUUAACAAAUCUGAAAUUGAACUGUUAAAGGAGAGAUUCUCAUUGAUAAUUAAUUCCUUAAAGAAGAAUGAUUCUAAUAUGCUCAAAAGUUUCAUUCAAUUUACAACAUAUUUAGGUAAAACAACGUUUAGUAGGGAAAACAUAAGUCUGUACAUCAACAUUUUCAAUUGCAACCAAUGAAGAUGUAUUGCAAAGAUUCCUACAUAAUGACAUUGAAUGAAUGACAAACUACCAAUAAAAGAAAAGUAAUGGAACUGUAAUUCCAUCCAUGAAUAAACUAUAGGUGAUAUACUAAAUAAAAGAUGAAAACAAGCCA